CUCAAAUUGCCUAUCUUCUUUGUGGCGGCCAUAUUUACAGAAACAUAAUUAAACUUCAUGUUUAGGCUGAUGGGUUUGCCAAAGCCUUAAUAAAUUUAAAAAUUUCAAUUUAAAAACAAAGAUCCCACAGACCGUAAACUCGUAAACGGUUCUCAUGUCAAUUGUCAAGUAAGUCAACGUAUUUCGAGUUUGAAUUAUUUUGUAAACAAGAACAUGUAUUUGCGCUUUUAACAAAAUAAAAAUACAAAAUAUUGUUCUUAUGAUGGCGGAUAUGGAUGAAAUGAUUGAUUUCAUUCGAUCAUUGAAGCGAGGAUUCGAUAAAGAUAUUUUUCUUUGUAAAUUGAAUGAAUUAUCUGAUGUUGUGGAUUCAGUGGGUUUGGACAACGAAGAUUUUCACACGUUAUUUAAACUGUGGCUGAAUUUAUCGAUACCGAUCACGAAAUGGACAAGCUUCGGCGCUUGUCUGGUACCCCAGGAGAUGGUUGAAGAGCGUACAGUAGAUUACGCAUUUCGUUGGCUCCUCGCUAGCUGUGAGAACCGCGGCAAUUUCUCCAGAAUGGCCUUUUUAUUGGAUUGGCUCACAGCUGCCAUGACCACAGACAGUGUUGACAUGCAAGCUUUAGACUCAGGAUAUGAAAUUUUCUACACACUACUCUCAUUUGAAAUUUUGACUGCACAUGCACUAAAGCUAGUAUACACAUUAACAAAGCCGUGUGAUGUCACCAGAGGUAGAGUGAUAGAGUUAUUACAUUUUGCCAAGAAUAGAGAGGGAAAAAAGAACAUGUUGCGGCAACUUCAAGUAUUACUUGGUUUAUUCAAGUCGUACAGACCAGAAUGUGUCCCAGAAGACAUUCCGUCUAUCUCUGUGCAUACUUCUUUCAGAAAACUCAAUGUAAAUUUGAUGGCUAGAUUCAAAAGAUGCCAGGCGAAGAGAAACACUUGUAGCAAGGAAAGACGACAUUUGCUCUGGAUUAACCCAAUAAACUCAAUGAGUGGAAAAAAGAAAGCAGAUCCUUUAGUGCCGAACAUGGAGUUUUGUAACAUAGGCUCACAACAGUAUGCUGAUAAGCAACCUCAAAAGAAUUAUCUUGAUUUCUCAGAUCCAGUGUCCUUGCUCCGAUACAGUCUCCAGCAGCCAAUGUCGCGUCCAGCACGGCUCCGGGCAUUAUUCUGCAAUGAAACCGGUCUCACACUGCUCGCUGUCGCCACCGACGAGCAAUUCGCUUUCUUGUCACACGAUUUGCAACAUUUAUUGACUACCUGUUUCCUGGAAGGGUCCCCUCACAGCUACUUGGAAAAGCAGGACUUGCUGUUGCGACUCGCGGCACUGCAGCGCACACUCUUGCAGGGCAUCCCUGUUGUCACUAUGUUCUUGGCACAGUACCUGCCGCUUUGGAAUGAAAAAGAUUACUUUGGAGAGAUACUACAACUAGUGGACUGGAUAAGCGGGGACAGUCCAUCUCACGUGACGUACAUCGUCGAUUCUCUGGUCAAAAUAUACCAUCGUGCGCAACCGAUCGAGCAGUGCGCUAUUCUCAAGGCACUCGUUAACAUGUACUGUAACUUGAUGUUCUCCUGUAACCGACGUCGGCAGCACUUGAAGAUCGCACAGGGCCACAGCGAGGCGGAGACGUUGCCGCGGCUGGCCGCUACAAUCAGUGACAUGUGCAGCGAGGGACUGCAAAUUAGCCCAGACGACUUGCGCGUCUUGCACAGCGUUGUGUCGGCAGCGGAGGCGAUGUCACUGGGGGAGUGGCGACACUCGUGUCCUCUGGGUGCGGCCCCGCGUCUACUUCCGCUGGCGCUGCCGUUACUGAAGCACUCCGCCGUGCUUCUUGAGAAGAUGGCUGGCUUGAUGAUGCUGUAUAAAAAUGUCUUCAAAAGAACGAAAUCGAGUGACAAGCUUUUAAAAGACGUUUAUGUGGAACAGCGCCAGACAUUGGAAGCAUAUACAGCGGAUAUGCUGAAUUGUUUAUACACUGAAGAGGCACUCACAGAACGCAAAUCUGGAUACGUAUUUAAUAGACUGCAUCCACAAUUGGUUUCUAAGUUGUCGGACUUAGUACCAGGGGCAGACGCAAAAUUUAGCCUUAGAAAUAACUUGGCUUUCGUUCUGUACACCUUAAUGCCUUUCGAAGCGAUCGAUCAGUCGGACGUUACGAAUAAAUUGUGCUUCGAAACUGUUGUAAGGGAGAUGUUCCCGAAUUUGUGCGAGCUUUUAACGAAAGCUGUGCCAGAAUUGCGUUGACUUUUAACCUUAAGUUUAUAUAUAGCCUUAGAAAGCUUCAUAAGAAAUUUAAAAAAAUCUUUUCUUUGACGUGCAAGACGAAUACAAAUUGUAGUACCGGCGCGCUAUAAUGGCCGUUUUGACGUUUGUCCGCUCAUCAAGUUUUUUUGUUAUUACAUGGACUUAGGACUUAAAUGCUUUAAUGUGUUUAAGUGUCGAUAAAGUGUAGGGAACCGUUUGUUUAAUUGAAAUGCCGAAUUGUUUCAGAUGAAUAAAUAUUACCUCAAAUUACAUUCAGCGUAGACAGAGCUUAUGCAUCCAAACUGUGAUCUCGUUUAUACGUUUUGUGUAUAUGGCAAAACAAAUGGCACGGUCGCGGCACAGUCGAUGCCCUAAGAUACCUGACGCCAAACCGACCAUUUGGUUCCGAGUAGAUACAUAAACGCGAAGAAAAGUGUUAAACAUUGUAACCUGUGAACUUCUUUAUUGCAUCAUUAGUGAAUGACGUUUUAAGAAACUUUUUAAGUCAAUUAGAUCUUGAAUUACGUUAAGUAAAUACAAAUUUAAACCAUAAGGUCGGUAUUAUUAUACGCUUUUCUGUUGCAUUGAAUGCGUGAGAAGGUUCUCAGAAUCAAAAGGUCGGCUAAGGGAUCAGGUAUCGAUUAUAGACAUCGACUGUACAUUAGUGACCCGGAACAGAACCGUUUUAAAGAAAUUGCGCGCGUUGUGUGUGUGUGAAAUGAAUCUGACUUAGAGUUCCGAUUUACGCUUACGGUUCUUAUAUAUCAUUUCUCACCAGUGUCGGCUGUUGUACAGAAUUCCCAUCGGGUCAUAAAGUGCGAUUCUAAAAUUCAACUUAUUUUACAAGAUAUGUGUUUUGUCUUUGUAGAAAUGUGUUAAUGUAAGAAUACUUAUGUUAUAAAUGUAACAAUUGAAAUUCAUUUUAAGUUUUUGCCAAAUAUGGUAAUAGAAUUUUUUUUACUGCCUCUGUGGCCGAACGGUUACCAUGCCGGACUGCCACGCAGAGG